AUGGCAGAUCCCAAGACCGUCCCGCCGCCCUCGCACUCUCCAGGACCCGGCGGGCGUAGACAAAGAGCGCCGACUAUUACCAUAGACACCUCUGCCGUCAGUAACCCCAGCCUCCCUCAGUCUGUGGAUGGUGAUGCGGUGGGUUUGAGAGCUGUGCCUAACUCAUCAUCAACUUCACAGGGCGAUCCCGUCAGCUCUCCCCCUCCACUCGAUAAUACGAGCGAUCCGAACCGACAGCAACACUCUAGUCAGAAUAGCACCGCAAGCCGCAUUUCUGUGCCGGAACUCCGGGCCUCGACCUCCUGUGAUAGUCGCGAUAGCAGACCAGCCUCACUCCAUAAUGUAUCUUCGCCAACGUCAAGAGGGGGGGAAAAGACCGCCGGGGCAUUUCUGGCCGUCCCAGGAUUGAGGUCGAGACAGAAUUCGAUCGAGUCUGAAGAUAUGAAUCGCUCAAGCACCAACUAUAGCGGUGAAACCUACGCGAACGGGUCACCGGCGGAUAAGGAUCGCGUAUUUGGAAAGGAUCCAGCAAACGACGAUGUCAUGAAUGAUCCCGAGGCUCUGACUCCAGAUCCAGGCCACGAAGACGAAUUCUCCACUCAUGAUAACAAGUUUGCAUUCUCUCCCGGUCAGCUGAACAAGCUCAUCAAUCCCAAGAGUCUAUCUGCAUUCUAUGCACUGGGUGGAUUAGCCGGGCUGGAGAAGGGCCUAAGAUCAGAUCGGAAAGCAGGUCUGAGCAUCGAUGAGACUGGUUUGGAUGGAACUAUCACUUUCGAAGAGGCCAGAUCCACUGGCAGCAGAGGGAGUAAAGCUGCGGAAGGCCUAUCCAAACAACCAAUUACCCGCGUCGGCUCGAAAGAAUCGGGAGACACGCCUCGCCGAGCCCAAAAUUCCGACGACUCUUACUUCGACCGAAAGAGAAUUUUCAACGACAACCGAUUGCCCGUGAAGAAGGGAAAGAGCUUAUUGGAGAUUAUGUGGAUUACUUACAAUGACAAAGUCCUGAUUCUGUUGUCCAUCGCAGCCGCCAUCUCUUUAGGAGUCGGUCUUUACCAGACCUUCGGUACCAAACAUGACGCCGAGCACCCAAAAAUCGAAUGGGUUGAAGGAGUGGCUAUUAUUGUGGCCAUUGUCAUUGUGGUCGUGGUUGGAUCUCUGAACGAUUACCAGAAGGAACGCCAAUUCGUCAAGCUCAACAAGAAGAAACAGGAUCGAGACGUCAACGUCAUCAGAUCUGGAAAGACCCGAGAAAUCUCUGUAUUUGAUGUGCUUGUGGGGGAUGUGAUGCUCUUGGCGCCGGGAGACAUGAUUCCUGUGGACGGUGUCUUUAUUGAUGGCCACAACGUCAAAUGCGACGAAUCUCAGACAACCGGAGAAUCUGACUUGAUUCGCAAGCAUCCAGCUGACCAGGUCUACGCCGCCAUCGAAAAGCAGGAAAGCCUGCGCAAGCUCGAUCCUUUCAUCCUCUCUGGGGCUCAAGUCACCGAAGGUGUGGGCAGUUUCUUGGUCACCUCGACUGGUGUCAAUUCAAGCUACGGAAAGACUCUCAUGUCCUUGAGAGAAGAUCCGGAAGUCACACCUCUCCAGUCAAAAUUGAAUAUUCUUGCUGAGUAUAUUGCGAAACUUGGAGGAUCUGCAGGCCUUCUUCUGUUCAUCGUUCUGCUCAUCGAGUUCUUGGUUCGUCUCCCAAACAAUUCUGGCACUCCAACCGAAAAGGGUCAACAGUUCCUUCAAAUCUUUAUCGUCACGGUUACUAUCAUCGUAGUGGCCGUUCCUGAGGGUCUUCCACUUGCCGUUACUCUUGCCUUGGCAUUUGCUACCACGAGGAUGUUGAAGGAUAACAACCUGGUUCGACACUUGAAGGCUUGCGAGGUCAUGGGAAACGCCACAACUAUCUGCUCCGACAAAACCGGGACCUUGACACAGAACAAGAUGUUGGUCGUUGCCGGCACACUCGGUACCAGCUCUCGGUUUGGUGGUACGGUUGAUACGGCCCGCCCCGAUUCUGCUAGCAACAAGGGCAAACAGCCAGACACACCAGAAGCUGCGGAGAACGUUCACCCUCAGGAGGUCAUUUCCUCGUUGAAUGCAGAUGUCAAAGUCAUGUUAACGCAGUCGAUCGUCCUGAACUCCACCGCCUUCGAAGGAGAAGCUGAGGGAGAGAAGACCUUCAUUGGCUCGAAGACCGAAACUGCUAUGUUGAUUUUUGCAAGAGACUACCUUGGCAUGAGCUCGGUUGACCAAGAGCGGUCGAACGUCCCCGUCGUACAGCUCAUUCCUUUUGACUCGGGCCGCAAAUGCAUGGGUGUCGUUAUCAAACUCGAGAGCGGGAAGUAUCGACUUUACGUCAAAGGGGCAUCUGAAAUUCUGCUGGACAAGUGCACAGAGAUCAUCCAGGAUCCUACCAAGGAACCCUCCAGCUCGCCUAUGACCGAUAACAGUCGUUCUACUCUCCUCGGCCUCAUUGAAAACUACGCCUCUCGAUCUCUCCGAACAAUCGCCAUGGUCUACCGUGAUUUCGACAGAUGGCCAGCCAAGGGAGCCAGAACCACUGAAGGAGAUCGCAACGAAGUCGUUUUCGAGGAUGUGUUCCGACAGAUGGUCCUUUUGGGUAUUGUCGGCAUCCAGGACCCACUGCGUGAUGGUGUUGCCGAGGCUGUCUUGAAAUGUCAGAAAGCAGGCGUUAUCGUUCGCAUGGUGACUGGGGACAACAUGAUCACUGCCAAGGCUAUCGCUACGGAGUGUGGCAUCUUUACUGCUGGUGGAAUCGUCAUGGAAGGUCCCACGUUCCGAAAGCUGAACAAAACCAAGAUGGACCAACUCAUCCCUCGCCUGCAAGUUCUCGCAAGAUCCAGUCCCGAGGAUAAGCGUAUUUUGGUCAAGCGCCUUAAGGAGCUUGGGGAGACCGUCGCCGUCACUGGGGAUGGGACCAACGAUGCACCGGCCCUCAAGACAGCUGAUGUUGGUUUCUCUAUGGGUAUCGCUGGUACCGAAGUUGCAAAGGAAGCGUCUGCAAUCAUUCUAAUGGAUGAUAACUUUGCUUCGAUUGUCAAGGCGAUGAUGUGGGGACGAGCUGUCAAUGAUGCUGUCAAGAAGUUCCUUCAGUUUCAAGUCACCGUCAACAUCACAGCCGUCCUGCUCACAUUUAUCUCUGCCGUUGCAAGCAGCGACGAAGAAUCUGUCUUGACCGCUGUUCAGUUGUUGUGGGUCAACUUGAUCAUGGACACAAUGGCAGCCUUAGCUCUUGCUACCGACCCACCCACUGACAGCAUCUUGGACCGGAAACCCGACCCCAAAUCCGCCCCUCUUAUUUCCGUGACAAUGUGGAAGAUGAUUAUUGGCGAGGCAAUCUACCAACUUGCGAUCACCUUACUGCUUCAUUUUGGAGCUACCAAAAUUCUGUCUUAUCAGUCACAGCGCGAGAAGGAUCAAGUGGGCACUCUUGUUUUUAAUACCUUUGUCUGGAUGCAGAUCUUCAACCAAUGGAACAACCGUCGUCUCGAUAACAAGUUCAAUAUCUUUGAAGGUAUCACCAAGAACUACUUCUUCAUCGGCAUCAAUUGUGUGAUGGUUGGCGGUCAGAUUAUGAUCAUUUUCGUUGGCGGCAAAGCUUUCAACGUUGUGCGACUCAAUGGGGCUCAAUGGGCUUAUUCCAUCAUUCUCGGAUUCAUAUCCAUUCCCGUCGGAGCCCUCAUUCGCUUGAUCCCUGACGAGCGACUCAUCAGACUUAUUCCUGCAUACUUCAAACGCAAGCCUAAGAGACCCGAGCUCACCAUCUCCGACGAGGAGCAACGCUUCCGAUUCCCCCAGCCAUUGGCAGAUGUUAAAGAGGAGCUCAGGUUCAUGAGGCUUAUGAAGGGAGGUCGUAUCAACCAGCUGAAAUUCAAGAUGCAAGAUGCUCGCGACACUUGGCUUCCUCGAUCCCGAAGUGGCUCUCGCACCAGAAGCAAUUCAUCCAUCCCAGGGACACCAAACAAUGGGGAAGUUCAAGACGACAGCUUCUCCUCCCAGCAACCCCAACAAAGCCCCGAUUCUCGCAAGCGCGGCCGCAGCAACCGCUCACGAUCGAACUCGGCCCUGGGUGCAGUCAUGGCCGGUAUCGUCGCAGGAAGUAUAGGUGGAUGGAGUCCAAUCGAGCGUGGGACCGGCGAUACCGAAAGCGCGGGAUUCUCCAAGUCCCAAGGACGGUCCGAAUUGGAGUCGAGAGACGAUGUUGAGAUACACCCGGAUACCAAGGGUAAUGAUCCAAUCAUCACCGAAGACCCCCGCGGCCUUGGCGCCCCUCCUUCGCAGGUCUCGGAAGUCAGCCCGUCUGCUGCAAAUGGAAGCCAACCAACUUCCUGA